UCUGCAGUACGUGUGCCAUCUUCUCACUCCGCGUUAAGAACCUUAAGAGCUGUUUAGCGGAGGAAGACUGGGAAGGAAGGGUGCAGUGUGCAAAUCACAAAAAUGCUUUCUGUCCGUGUUGCUGCAGCUCUCGUCCGUUCUCUUCCUAAACAGACUGGCAUUGUUUCUAAAAAUGCACUGUAUGCUGCAUCAGUAGGUACCAGGAAUUUACAUGCGUCAAAGACAUGGCUUCAGAAGACAGGUACUGCAGAAGUGUCCUCUAUCCUGGAGGAGCGUAUUCUUGGCGCAGAUACGUCUGCUGCGCUGGAAGAGACUGGGCGUGUCUUGUCAAUUGGGGAUGGAAUUGCUCGUGUGUAUGGCUUAAGGAAUGUCCAAGCAGAAGAAAUGGUUGAAUUUUCAUCUGGUUUGAAGGGUAUGUCCUUGAAUUUGGAACCUGACAAUGUUGGUGUUGUCGUAUUUGGUAAUGACAUGCUCAUUAAGGAAGGGGACGUAGUCAAGAGAACUGGAGCUAUUGUUGAUGUUCCUGUAGGAGAAGAACUGCUGGGCAGGGUUGUAGAUGCACUGGGCAACCCAAUUGAUGGAAAGGGCCCAUUCAAAUCUAACCUGCGUAGAAGAGUUGGUCUGAAGGCUCCUGGCAUCAUUCCCAGGAUCUCUGUACGCGAGCCCAUGCAGACUGGAAUAAAAGCAGUGGACAGUUUGGUACCUAUUGGUCGUGGUCAACGAGAAUUGAUCAUUGGUGACAGGCAGACUGGUAAAACUGCACUUGCCGUUGACACUAUUAUUAACCAGAAAAGAUUCAAUGAUGGAACUGAGGAGAAGAAGAAAUUGUAUUGCAUCUAUGUUGCCAUUGGUCAGAAGAGAUCCACAGUCGCUCAACUUGUUCAGAGGCUUACAAAUGCAGAUGCGAUGAAGUACACCAUUGUGGUCUCUGCAACUGCCUCAGAUGCUGCUCCUCUGCAGUACUUGGCUCCAUACUCUGGCUGCUCAAUGGGAGAAUACUUCAGGGACAACGGAAAACAUGCAUUAAUCAUUUAUGAUGACUUGUCUAAACAGGCUGUUGCCUACCGUCAGAUGUCAUUGUUGCUGCGUCGGCCUCCAGGACGUGAGGCAUACCCUGGAGAUGUGUUCUAUUUGCAUUCCCGUCUUCUUGAGAGGGCAGCCAAGAUGAAUGACAACUUUGGUGGUGGUUCUUUGACUGCACUGCCAGUCAUCGAAACUCAGGCUGGUGAUGUGUCUGCUUACAUUCCAACUAAUGUGAUUUCCAUUACUGAUGGACAGAUCUUCUUGGAAACUGAGUUGUUCUACAAGGGUAUACGUCCUGCCAUCAAUGUUGGAUUGUCAGUGUCUCGUGUCGGAUCUGCUGCCCAGACAAGAGCCAUGAAGCAAGUGGCUGGAACAAUGAAACUGGAACUGGCCCAGUAUAGAGAGGUAGCUGCAUUUGCUCAGUUUGGUUCUGAUUUGGAUGCUGCUACACAACAGUUGUUGAAUCGUGGUGUUCGGCUCACUGAACUCCUAAAACAAGGACAGUAUGCUCCAAUGGCUAUUGAAGAACAGGUAGCUGUUAUUUAUGCUGGUGUCAGAGGUCACCUGGAUAAAGUAGAGCCUAGCAAAAUUACCAGCUUUGAGAAGGCUUUCCUUCCCCACAUUCGCAGCCAAUAUCAGCCCUUGUUAGACACGAUUAGGACUGAAGGAAAGAUCAACGAGGAAGUAGAGGCCAAGCUGAAAGAGAUUGUCACAAAUUUUUUGGCUACCUUUGAAGCAUAACCAUUAAUGUUCUUCCUGUACCAGUCUGCUGUUUGCCACCAUUUCUCUUAGUAUUUCUGGUUCUGUUUGUCAUGAACUUGUCAAAAGCUGCUGCUUUUGUUUUACUGUACAUAUAUCUCUAAUGGAGAAUAAAAGAUCUGAUUUAUGGAA